GUCACAAUAGCGUCGCUGGUAGCACGCAGCUCUUCGCCAUCUUUGCAGCUCUUUGUGCGCCUCUCUCUCUCUCUGCUUUCAGAGUUCACCAGCUUUCUGUCGAGCGACUCGUCGACUCGGGGUUUUUAAAUAACGUAGCUAUAUAAAGAUAAAGAUGCAAGGAAACCGCGGCCCGCAGCACAACCACGGCUCCAACCGGCCCGGAGACAUGAAGAAGCCCGGAGGAGGAAGCAACACGAACGGCCAGCAGCCGGAGCAGAGCGGCAAGACCCGACCCAACGAGGCCCUGACUCUGGACCUGCAGAGCUUCAGGAAGCCAGGGGAGAAGACCUUCACCCAGCGGAGCAGGCUGUUCGUAGGAAACCUGCCCACCGGGAUCACAGAGGAGGAUCUGGAGAAGCUGUUCGACAAGUACGGCAAGGCCAACGAGAUCUUCAUCAACAAGGAGAGAGGCUUCGGCUUCAUCCGGCUGGAGACACGAAUCAUAGCCGAGAUCGCCCGAGCAGAGCUGGAUGAUGCUCCCUUCAGAGGCAGGCCCAUUAGGGUGAGGUUUGCCACACAUGGUGCUGCUCUAGCUGUGAAGAACCUGCCAGAUUUUGUGUCCAAUGAGCUGCUGGAGGAGGCCUUUGCUGUGUUUGGUCAGAUAGAGAGAUCUGUGGUGAUAGUGGAUGAUAGAGGGAGGCCAACUGGGAAGGGGAUUGUGGAGUACACCUCAAAGCCAGCUGCAAGGAAGGCUUUGGAUAAAUGCAGUGAUGGUGCUUAUCUCCUCACAGCUUUUCCUAGACCCAUCACAGUGGAGCCCAUGGAUCAGCUGGACGAAGAGGAAGGACUGUCAGAGAAGAUCAUCAACAAGAACCAGCAGUACCACAAGGAGCGUGAGCAGCCGCCACGGUUCGCUCAGCCGGGCUCCUUCGAGUACGAGUACGCCAUGCGUUGGAAGGCCCUGAUGGAAAUGGAGAAGCAGCAGUACGAGAUGGUGGACCGCAACAUGAAGGAGGCUCAGGAGAAGCUGGAGGCCGAGAUGGAGGCGGCCAGGCACGAGCAUCAGGUGAUGCUGAUGAGACAGGAUCUGCUGAGGCGGCAGGAGGAGCUGCGGAGGAUGGAGGAGCUUCACAGCCAGGAGGUGCAGAAGAGGAAACAGGCCGAGCUCAGGCAGGAGGAGGAACACCGGAGGAGAGAGGAGGAGAUGAGGAUGCGCAAUGAGGAGAUGCUGAAGAGGCAGCAGGAGGGCUUCAGAGGCAACUUCGCUGAAAACAGGGAGCAAGACAUGAGGAUGCAUAUGGCAGGUCACGGGAUGAACAGAAACUUGCUGGGUGGCAACUCUGGUCCUGCUGGUACUCCUGGCAUGGCUGCUGAGAAUGCUCCAAUGAUGCAAGGGCAAGGAAACAACAACAUGCAAGGAGGAGGCCAGGGUGGCUUCCCAAGAGGCCUCCCUGGGGUCGGGGACUAUGGACCAAACAAGCAGCGCAGAUUUUGAAUCACAUGUCUUAUAUUUUUCCCCCUUUUCAUACUCACUGUAUUUUAAAGUUCAAGUAGUGGGUGUUACUUUUUGGACUUUGAAAACUGUUGCAUGUAUUUUUUUUUUAUUUUUUUUUUACUUUUUAUUUGUACCUUUUCGAGUUAGUACUAAAAUGUCCUAACUUCAAAUGAGCCAUGUAUUUUACUUUAUCUUUCACAUUAGUGUAUUUUUCAUAGGGAUAGAAAAUGUUUUUGCCCUGGACAUGUCUUUUUCUGGAAUAAAUUCAUGAUUCCCUGAGAAUUGUUUUAACAUUUAA